GGAUAGCGUUAAGCAGCCAAUCAAUGACGCAUACUAACCAUUGUAAGUUCCACUAUCAUAACGCCAUUUAGCGGUAUAAAUGUUCUCAAUAGCUUCUUUAUCUUCAUGAUAUUCAUCAAGCAGGUCUUAUCAUUUACUCAGAGGGCCGCAGCUUUGACAACAACAGAAACCGACAUCAUGACUACCAAGGCUAUUGUAUACGUCGAGAAGGGCAAGGCCACCAUCCAGGAGGUCCCCAAGCCCAAGCUUCGAGAUGACUAUAUUCUCGUCAAGGUCAAUGCCGUUGGCCUCAACCCUACUGACUGGAAGCACAUCGACUUUGGCCUCACUCAACCUGGUUCUAGAAUCGGAUGUGACUACGCUGGUAUCGUCGAGGAAGUUGGCCCCAAGGUCACCAAGUCUUUCAAGAAGGGCGACCGAAUCAGCGGUGUAGUCCAUGGAGCUGAUGCGACUCAGCUCGAGAAUGGUGGCUUUGCCGAGUACAUUGUAGCGAAGGGAGAUGUACAGAUUAAGACCCCCGACAAUGUUACUGACGAGGAGGCUGCAACUCUCGGUAUCUCUAUUGCCACCGUGGGCCAAGGACUUUACAAGACACUGGGACUGCCUCUACCCACCGAGGGCAAGAAGAGCGAUGAGUUUAUCCUCAUCUAUGGCGGCAGUACUGCAACUGGUAUUUACGGUAUCCAGCUCGCCAAGCUCUCAGGACUGAGGGUUAUUACAACUGCUUCACCUCAUAACUUUGACUACCUCAAGUCCCUCGGAGCCGAGGCUGUAUUCGAUUACAAGUCGGCCAACGUCGCCGAGGAGAUCCGCAAGUACACCAACAACACCCUCAAGCUCGCUUGGGACUGUACCGCCCAAGGCGUCGCCAUUAGCGCUGGAGCUAUCAGUACCGAGGGAGGCAAAUACGCUACCCUCCUGCAAGUUGAUAAGCAGCAGUUGCUCGACGUGAACCCCAAGGUGGAUGGACCUUAUGUAACGCUCAUGUACUCCAUCUUUGGUGAGCGAUUCUUUAAGGGACAAGAGACACCUGCUCAGCCUGAUGAGUUUGAGUUUGCUAAAAAGUUCUGGGAGAUCAGCCGACAGCUGCUUGAGGAAGGCAAGCUGAAGGCUCCUCAGACAUUUGUCAACCGCGGCGGGAGUGGGUUUGAGGGUAUUCUGAAGGGCUUGGAUGAAUUGAGAGCGAAUAAGGUUUCUGGAGGAAAGCUGGUGUAUACCCUGUAAGAUAUGCAUUAGAGUAUGGAGGCAUUAGAUAGAUAGAUGAGACAUUAUAUGCGCCUCGCAUGAAUUAGAGUUAUUAGGUACUCUCUCGGCGCAUUGUGGCUGUAAACUUAAACUUUGUUCUAAUUACUUCGAAGAUGUUGCAUAAGCUGAGAAUCGUCAAAAACUUGUCGAAAGG